UUCCGGUUUUGUACCACGUGGUUUAAUUGGCAGCUGCUGCUGCGUUCCCAGUGUUGAAGGCGUCACCACAGCUAUAAAACAAAACAUCUGUCUGCUUUCUGUAAAGAUAUUUGUCUUUAAGACACUUCGUCUCUCUUUGUCUCUCUUUGUCUCUCUUUGUUUUCCAGCAUUGCUGCGUACAAGCCUGAAGCAGUGCUUUACACCAUGGACAAAGCCGCUGUGCUGACUCACAUCCUGAAGAAGUCAGAUGACACGUCCACACUUCUUGGUGGAGAGCAGCCUGUGUGUGUGAUAAGAAACAAUAAGUACAUAUCCCCGCUGACUUCUGAAGCUCAGGCGACUGACAGAAAUGUGGAAGACAGCUCGCCCUCCCUUGAUGGUGCCAUCCACACCGCUCUGUGUGGUGAAACCAGAUCUGUGGUACUGGUCGGCCCGGAGGGGUCAGGUAAAACCACGGCUCUGGAGAAGCUGGUAGUGGGCUGGGCAAAAAAAGAGCACCUUCAGAACUUUGCUUAUGUUUUCCAUUUCCGGUUCAGGGACUUAAAUUCUCUAGAUGGGACGCUCUCUUUGGAGACAUUAAUGCUGCACCGUCACGGUCACAUCCCUCCUGAGUCCGUGCCUCUAGUUCUGCAGAAGCCUGAGGAUGUGUUGUUGGUUUUUGAUGAUCUGGAUCAGUGCAAACACAGCCUGGACCCCUCUGCCCACACCCUCUGCUCCGACCCCAGCCAGGCGGCCUCGCUGUCCUGUUUGGUGGCCAGUUUGCUUCACGGGUCGCUGCUGAAAGGAGCUGCCUUUGUGGUGGCAACCAAGCCGACAGGAUGUCUGAAGUUUCUGAGUGGCACCCGGGUGGAGGUGUUGGGUUUUCUGAAGCCACAAAGAGAAGCCUACUUUCAGCAGUUCUUUACUGACCCGGCUCUUGCCAACAAAGCACGAAUGCACAUGGAAAGGACUUUAGGCUUUUAUGACUUCUGCACCACCCCAAGGUUUUGUUGGACAGUUUGUUCUGUCUACAAGUCUCUGAUGGAUGCUGGAGCAACACUUCCUGAGACGUUAACUCAGCUGUAUGUGGGCAUCCUGGUUCACCUGGUUCAGACGCUCUCGCUGAAUGACGCCCGCAGCAGAGAACUAGUCUCGGCCCUCGGCAAGAUCGCAUCUCAUUGCUCCCUGGACCAGCAUUCAAGCUGCACCAAAGAGGAAAUGGAUUCCUUUGGUUUCCAACAGUUUCUCACCUCAGUUGGUGUUUUCUUGCGAGUAGAUGGAGACCAGUCAGAUAGACGUGUCUUCUCCUUCCACUCCCAACUGAUGCAGGACUUUCUCUUGGCCGUGUCUUUCUUUCUGGACAAGUCUGAGGGUGUGGAGGAGAUGUUGGAAAAGCACAAAGGCCGUGCAAAGUUUCUGGACGUCUUCUUGUCAGGACUCUCAGAGCCACUUCAGCAUGGACCACUGGAGACCCUGCUGGGGCGGCUGAACUCUGAUCAGAUCACGGAUUUCAAACGCUGGUUUAAAAGCAGCUCAGAGGAGACGCUGAAGGGAUGCUACAAAGACAAGCACCACCGCUGCUUCCAUCUGCUUCAUCAAGCUCAAAACGAGAGUUUGGUGAAAGAGAUCGUCACCCCCUCGGCACGGAUCGGCAUCAGCUACGGAGACCUGAGUCUCCAGGACUGUGCAGCUCUGAAUUAUGUCGUCACGUGCCUCGGUGAGAUGGAGCAGCUGAAUCUGUACCGUACGAGGAAUCUGACGGAGGAACAAGCAGAGAUGCUGGCUCCAACUAUGAGCAUAUCGCAUAAGAUAAUGUUGUUAGACUGCACCUUGAGUACUGGGGCUGUCCGUCAUCUGGCCUCAGCUCUCAGCAGAGGACUCACCAAGAAGUUGGAUCUCUCUCAAAGCCGCCUCGGAGAUGAGAAGUUCAAAAUUCUCUGCGCUGGACUCAGAGACUGCAAGCUGCACACAUUAGAACUUCAUGUAUGCACACUGACAGAGGCGAUCUGUGGAGAUCUGGUGUCCGUCCUGACCUCAGGCACUUCUCAGCUGUGUGUGUUAGACUUGAGGUUUAAUCAGAUCGGAGACCAGGGCCUCAUAAAACUGUGCAAAGCGCUGCACAGUCCUCUCUGCAAACUGCAGGAGCUCAAGCUACAAAGCUGCGACUUGACUGCUGCAUCGAUGGAGGCGUUAUCAGCAGCUUUGAGUUCUGGCCAAUCGGAGUUGAGAAUAGUGAACCUGACACAAAACAAGAUUGGUGACAGAGGAGCGGAGGCUUUGUGCAAGUCCCUGCAACACCCACUUUGCAAACUGCAGAGCCUCAAUUUCUUUGACAACGGGUUGACAGGUGCAUGCUGUCCUCAUUUCAUGGAGGCCUUGAUGUCAGAGCACUGCUCUCUGUCAGAGCUGGACCUGUCAGUGAAUGAAUUGGGCCAGGAGGGAGCGCUGCUGCUCUGCCGAGCCCUCAGUCGACCUGGAUGUCCAAUAGAAAAGCUCGGCUUGAUACGAUGCGAGUUAACCCAGUCGGUGUUCAAGGAGCUGAGCUCAGUGCUGAGAAGUGGCACCUCUCAACUCAAGUCCCUGCUUGUAGGUUUAAACGCAGUAGAAGACCAAGGGGUUAAACAUCUUUGGGAUGCUGUUGCACAUCCAAGCUGUCUGUUGGAGGAACUGGAUGUUGAGAUGACCGGUUUGACGGACGCCUGCGUCGAGGACUUGUGUGCUGCAAUAAGAGCCAGUAAGACUCUGAAGAACCUGGAGCUGAGAAACAACUCACUAACUAACGCCUCCGUCCCAGCCCUCGUCGAAGUCAUGCAGGACAGCCACAACAUGCUGGAGAUGAGCCUGAGGUACAACGACUUCGGUGAAGAAGUUUUCGACAUGUUGGAUGAGUGUGAUAAAAUAACGUACUGAAGACAAAGUGGUCCAUCUAUCUCACAGGCUGCUAGAGGAUCACAUACAGUGCUUAUUAUUUGAGCUGAAACGAUAAGUGGAUUUAUUUAUUAAUCAACAAAAAAAAUAGCUAAUAAAGUCAGUAUUUUGAGAAGUAAUUGUUUAUCAUAUUUCAAGGAAAAAAUACAUUGGGGUACAAUCACUGAUCCCAGCUUCUCAAAGGUGAAAUUUUAAUUUGUUUUUCUUUCCUCUAUGUGAAAGUAAAUUCAAGAUCUUAAGGUUUGGACUAGAACUGCAACGAUUAAUCGAUUAGUUGUCAACUAUUAAAUUAAUUGCCAACUA